AUGGAAAUUGUGGAUGAUUAUAUAGCGAAUGGUACAACCCCAGACGUCCAAGCGUGGCCUGGCCUCCCUCCAACGCACGUCACAGUAGCUUGUGUGAUAAACGACAUGACGAAAGGUCGAGCAGGCAAUGGGAGAGUACACUCGGAAGAGGGAAGCUUUAAUUGUCAGAAAUGUGGAAAAAAAUAUACACAAAAAGAAGAAUUCAUAAGACACAUUCAGUUUGAAUGUGGAAAACAACUAGUUUUUCAAUGUCCUUUAUGCCCUAGAAGGUGUAAAAGGGAUGAUGUUCUUAAAAUUCAUUUGCGCAAUAUUCACAGAAUAGAUUAGAUUAUAAUUUAUAUAUGAAACCUUUAACCAAUUUUUAAUUAUAGUUAAUUAAGUAAAAGCAAUUUUGCUUUGUAUGUAAUUCGGUUUUUUGUCCAAUAAAAAAUAAGUUUUUAAAUAUUUUUCUGAUGAAAUCAUAAAUAAAAUGGUUUAAACAUAAUUUAGUGAACAAUUAUUUUAUUAAAAUUAUA